AAAGUAAAACAGGGCACAAUUCUUUUUCAAAGCUAAUCAAAGGACAAAAAGGAAGUAGUGAAGAGUAAAUUUAGAUUAACUUUCAUUUUAAGCUGUUACUAUUAGUACUAUAGCCAAGGAAGCAUUACUUUAACCUGAUAACAUGCCUUUAGAACUAUAUGGAUUAUUUUUAUCAGCUGGUACAACAGAUACAGGGUUGAGUUAUACUGCUGCCUUCCAUUUCUAAGUUUUGUUGUGCCAAUCAUCAGGCCUGCAGGUCAUUUCAGGAAUAAUGCGUAAUGGGUGUCUUUCCAACAAAAAUUAAGUUUUCUUCAGCUAUAGAUAACGGAAGAAUAAGGUUUACAACAGGCAGAGCAAAACUGAAACUAUAGACAGUAGGCCUGAUUCUCCACUAGGCUUGUGUAGUUGUUAACACCUGUGUAAAGAGGCUGUUAAGUGCUUCUAAAUUAGAAUUCUCCUCUCACUUUCAUUGGAGCUAAUAUGUUACACUUGUGCAAAGAGAGUGUAACAAGACAAUGAAUCUGACUCAGAACUUGCAGCUUAAAGGUUAAACAUCUUUAUGGUUAAACAUUGUGAACCCCAUUCAUCCCGUACUUGUUUCAGCCUCAAAACACAGCCUAUCUCUGCUGCUAGUUUGUAUUGAUCAUCCAUAUACCUGCUACCAGUAAGGCUAGAGAACACAGGAAUUUGUUGGGGUGUACUGCUAAUAAUUUGUUAGAUGGCUGUGAGCAGCUGUGGGGUUUCUAACUGCCUGGCCCAGGGUUUAAACCCUGGCUUGCAGGCACCACCUAGGCUUUACUUAUGCUAUCAAUAUUUUAUUAGGUAACAAAGCUAUAGGAGAGUCAGUAUUCACCAGCAUGCAUGGCAAAUGACCUUGAAAAGAUUAUUAUUAAGCUAAUGAUGUAUUUCUCCAUUAACAAGCCUAUCCCUAUGAGGGGAGAGACCAGCCUACUUCUAGAGGCUUAGCUCCCCAGUUUGAGCAGUGUUUGCAUAGAAAACCCUGCAGUUCUGGCUUCCUACUAGUAAGAGGUACUGAGGGGCUGCUUUCCUGAUGGCUACUUCACAGCAAGGCAAGGUGUCUGCUCUACAGAUAGCUACCCCCUCUUCCUGCUCUGUGCCUUUCACUACAAAACAAGAGAGGGCAGAAGGAGGAAGUGUGGGAGAUGCUCCUGGGGCAGGGGCUUCCAAGAGGCUGAGGAGAAGGAGGAGGUGGAAGAAGCUGCCAAAAAAAGUCACAGUUGAGAAUAUGGUAUCAAGUUUUCGAGUUUCUGAACUACAAGUGUUGUUGGGCUUUGCUGGACGUAAUAAAAGUGGGCGCAAACAUGACCUCCUGAUGAGGGCACUGCAUUUAUUGAAGAGUGGCUGCAGCCCAGCAGUUCAAAUUAAAAUCCGAGAGCUCUAUAGGCGUCGGUACCCAAGGACAAUUGAAAGUCUGUCUGACUUGUCACCUGUAAAACCUUCAGUUUUCAAUUUGGAUAGUAGCUCCUCUCCUGUGGAACCUGACUUGGCUGUUUCUGGAAUCCACCCACUACCUUCUACUUCAGUCACCCCUCAGUCCCCUUCGUCGCCUGUUGGUUCUGUGCUGCUUCAAGACACUAAGCCUCACUUUGAGAUGCAGCAACCAUCACCUCCAAUUCCACCUGUCCAUCCUGAUGUUCAGCUGAAAAGCCUCCCAUUUUAUGAUGUGCUUGAUGUUCUCAUUAAACCUACAAGUUUAGUACAGAGCAGUAUUCAGAGGUUCCAAGAGAAGUUUUUUAUCUUUGCUUUAACACCUCAGCAAGUCAGAGAAAUCUGCAUUUCCAGGGACUUCUUGCCAGGGGGCAGGAGGGACUACACAGUCCAAGUUCAGCUAAGGUUAUGCCUAGCAGAGACUAGCUGCCCUCAAGAAGAUAACUAUCCCAAUAGUUUGUGCAUUAAAGUAAAUGGGAAGUUAUUUCCAUUGCCGGGAUAUGCUCCACCACCAAAAAAUGGAAUUGAGCAGAAGCGACCCGGCCGCCCAUUGAAUAUUACAUCUCUAGUUAGAUUAUCAUCAGCAGUACCAAAUCAGAUCUCCAUUUCUUGGGCAUCUGAAAUUGGAAAGAACUACUCCAUGUCUGUAUAUCUUGUUCGGCAGCUCACUUCAGCCAUGCUUUUGCAGAGGUUAAAAAUGAAAGGUAUCAGAAACCCAGACCAUUCCAGAGCACUAAUUAAAGAAAAGCUGACUGCCGAUCCUGAUAGCGAAAUUGCCACAACCAGUUUGCGGGUAUCUCUGAUGUGUCCUCUGGGAAAAAUGAGACUGACAAUCCCAUGCCGUGCUGUUACCUGCACACAUCUGCAGUGUUUUGAUGCUGCUCUUUACCUACAAAUGAAUGAAAAGAAACCCACCUGGAUUUGUCCUGUCUGUGACAAAAAGGCAGCUUAUGAGAGUUUAAUAUUAGAUGGGCUCUUUAUGGAAAUCCUUAAUGAAUGUUCAGAUGUGGAUGAGAUUAAAUUUCAAGAAGAUGGUUCUUGGUGUCCUAUGAGGCCUAAGAAGGAAGCUCUGAAAGUGUCCAGUCCUCAAUGUACCAAAAUAGAAAGUUCCAGUGUUGUCAGCAAACCAUGUUCUGUGACAGUGGCCAAUGAAGUAAACAAGAAGAAAGUAGAUGUUAUCGACUUGACAAUAGAAAGCUCUUCUGAUGAAGAGGAAGAUCCUCCUGCCAAAAGGAAAUGCCUGUUUAUGUCUGAAACACAAGGAAGCCCAACCAAAGGGGUUCUCAUGUAUCAGCCAUCUACUGUAAGAGUGCCCAGUGUGACAACGGUUGAUCCUGCUGCUAUUCCUCCUUCAUUAACAGACUACUCAGUACCAUUCCACCACUCACAGAUAUCCAGUAUGUCAUCAGACUUGCCAGGUUUGGAUUUUCUUUCACUAAUCCCAGUUGAUCCACAGUACUGUCCUCCUAUGUUUUUGGAUAGUCUCACUUCAACCUUAACAAGCAGCACCCCAGGCAAUAUCAUCACAUCUACCAGCCACCAGGAGAGCAGCACUCACGUUAGUUCUUCAAGCAGGAGUGAGACAGGAGUCAUAACCAGCAGUGGGAGCAGCAUUCCUGACAUCAUCUCAUUGGACUGAAACGCUGGCAGCAAAAAACUCUAGGAGUAAUUGCACAAAGCUGCUCGUCAUGACUAGAGAAGGAACUGCAGUGUCUUGGAAGCUAUUUUGAUAUUUAUUAAAGAGACAGAUUGAUUCUGUUGCCUUCUGAAAGUCAAGUAAAACUACAUCUACAGUAGGAACUGAAAUGAUUAGAACUCUUUCACCCCCCUCUCCCCCCCCGUCAUAAAAUAUUUGGAGUAAAAAAGAUCCAGUCAGAACAAAUGUACUGUUUGGCUUGUUCUGGGGAAACUGACUUUGUUUUGUUGUUGGAUGGAUUCCUACACAGCAAUAAUGUA